GGCUUCGAGCUGAAGGACCUGCAGCCCAACCGGGAGCUGGCCGCUUUGGUGAACUUAAUCCCGCAGGAAAUAAAGGAAAAAGAGUUGGAAACGCAGGGUGAAACGAAACCCUCCGGAGGUGUUCCCUGCAACGACCGCAGCUCGGCGGGGCGGCGACCUGGGGAGAAGGAGGAAGAGAUAUGGGACAUCUCCAAGCAACUAGAAACAACUGUAGAGACUAUCCACCUCUUGAGGAAAGAUCUCAGUACAGCAAAGGAAUAUGCAUCUCAGAUCAAAAGCCACAUUACUAAAGAUUUCUGUUGCAUGAAGGAAUAUGUUGAAAGACAGGAGAGAAGCACACUGAUGUUCAUUGAACAAGAGCAAAAAGCAGCUCAGCAGAAAAUUGAAGAGACUAUUCACCAGCUCUGUGUUGAAGUGAAUGAGCUCACAGACAUCAAAGCCCAAACGAGUAACUUACCAGAGAGACAUAGGUACAAAGGCUCCCCUUCAACAAUGAAUAAAAUUACACUUCAUGAGAAGCUUAAUGUUGUCAAAAGUGCCGUAGAAGAUCUUAAGAGAAAGUUGGAAAUUUUACUUUUGGAGAAAUACGCUCAGCAGUUCCCACCAGUGCAACCUCCAGAUUUAUAUCAGGAGACAAGUGUCUGCUUAUUAUCUCCAGAGUCUGCAGCUAAAAAUCUAGAACCAAUGAUUUCAAGCCAGUUUUCUCAGUGGGCAGAUGAUGUGACUUUUGAUCUCACAAGAGUGUAUGAGCGCUUAGCAAUCACAGCCCAGAACAGGAAGGUAAUGGUUUCCACCUACCUGACUGAUUAUGGACCAUCACCCAAGAGAUUCUGCAUCAGCCAAGUGAUGUGCUCACAGAGCUUCUCUACUGGGUGCCACUACUGGGAAGUAAUUACCAAGGACAGUGAUGGGUGGGCUGUUGGAGUUGCUCAGGAAAUGAUUGGUAAAAGGGACAGAUUAGGAAGAACAGAGCAUUCCUGGUGUGUAGAAUGGCUAGGUUCCAAAAAGCAGCUGUCAGCAUGGCAUAGGGAUCAAGAAACAUUAUUACAGACGGAAAAACCAUUGAAGGUUGGAGUUUUGCUGGAGCUACAAAAGAAGACCAUGUCAUUUUACUCCAUCACUGACAAAGAAAUGCUUUUGCAUACAUUUGAAAUCAAUACCUCAAAUCCUCUUUACCCUGCUGUCUGGCUAUAUAGUCUAGAAAGAAAUGGAUCUUUAACUCUAAGUCACACAAACAGGAGGUAA